AUGUGUGUGUCUUUGUAGUGCAACCGACCUCCCGAUGUAAACAUGGCUCCUGCCGCUGCUGGUCGCGAUAUUCAAGAAGAACAGGUCCUCCAGGCCGUAGUUUUGGCCGAUUCAGGACAGGACUAUGAGCUGCCCAUUUCAGAGACUGUGCCAAAGGUUCUUGUUCCACUGGUUAAUACACCUCUAUUGGACUACACUUUGGAUUGGCUUGAGCGAUGUGGAGUGGAUGAAGUGAUAGUGUAUUGUCGAGCUCAGCCCCAUGCGGAACAAAUUCGCCAGCACUGCCGUGGCUUUGAAAUGCGACGGCAGAAGAAGAGCCCUCAGAUCUCCGUGGUAGCCUCCGAGGACUGCCAUUCUGUGGGAGAUGCCAUGAGGGAUCUCUACUCCAAGUCUCGCCUGAAAGAGAAUUUCAUCCUCAUUUAUGGCGAUGUAGUCUCUAAUGUAGACCUCAGGGAACUGAUGGCAAAGCACAAGGAGCGCCGUGCUGCCGACAAGAGUGCAAUCAUGUCUUGUGUUUACAUGAAUAAGGACGUGAAGUGUCAGGAAGAAGCAGCAUUGUUAAUCUUAAAUGCAGCUAACAACAAGCUAUUGCAUCAUGUGCGGCCUCAUUCUGCUUCCAAACUCCCUAUCCCUACAGAACUGUUUCAGGGCUGUAACCAGUUGAAAGUAUUACCAGCAGUCCAGGAUCCUGGCAUAGCCAUGUGUUCUGAAAUUGUCGCAUCCUUAUUUUCUGAUAACUUUGAUUAUGGAACAAGAGAUAGUUUACUGCGAGGUGUGAUCGAACAGGAAGAACUUUUAGGCUAUUCAAUCUUCUGUGAGAUUUUAGACUCUGGCUACUCUGCAAGAGCCUCUUCCCUCACUCUGUAUGAAGAAGUCAGUUCUGAAGUGGUCCGUCGCUUAGCCUACCCAAUGGUCCCAGAGCAUAGCUUAACUAGCCACCGCAUCCGUUACAAUUUUGACUCCUUCACUUCAAACUACUGGGAGCCUUCAGCAAAAUUCCAUAAAAGCAGCUGUGGUACAGGUGUAGUUGUGGGUGCUGGGUCGGAGGUCAACAUGACUGCUCAACUGCGGAACACCAUAGUGGGUGAUCACUGCUUCAUUCAUGAUAAUGUUGUUGCUGAUACAACUUUUAUCAUGAAUAACGUUACUGUUAAGUCUGGUUGUAACAUCGAACAGUGUUUCUUGAGUGACAAUGUUGUAUUAGAAGAAAAUGUAAAGUUAUCACCAGGAUGCAUUCUUGGAGCUGGUGUCGUCCUUGGCCCCGACAUAACAGUCCCAGCGGCAACUUGUCUCAUGGCCAGUCCUCCUCCCGAUGACUUUGAUGACAGUGCCAGUAAACAAGCACCAGAUCCUCUUGUGUGUGGCGCCAAGGGACGUGCUUUCAUUUACCACCGUGAAGAGGAGGAAGAAGAAGAAGAGAGCAGAGCACGGAUAUGGGGAAGAAAAAAUAUUUGCGACGAAGAAGAGGAAGAAGAAAUGGAUGAUGAUGAAGAGGAUAUGGAUGAAGACAGUGAUGAGGGGAUGUCCGAUGCCAUGUACAUGAAGGAUGAAGAUGAGCAACGGGAACAUGAAUUCAAACGAGAAGUGACUGAAAGCUUAAACAAUGCCCUGCGCGAGAAGUCAGCUGCCGAAAACGUGGUAUUAGAAAUUAAUGCUUCUCGACACGCUUAUAACAUGAGCAUGGAGGAGGUACUUGCAACUGUGACAAGGGGCAUUGUACAAGUUGGCGAAGAAAAGACUGGCGCAGAUGCUAAUGCAGAGGGCCUGUGGCGCGGAAUCCGAAUUGCCAUUGAAACCCUCCAGAACGUCCUUAGAAAUUACGUCCGCAAAAAUAGAGACCAGCUCAUUGUACUUAAUGCCUUAGAAGUAAGUACUUGA